GCCCGACAAGAGGAGAGGGAGGAGGAAGCCAACGAGCAUGAGGCGGAUGUGGAACAGCGCGAGGCGUACGACUAUUGGGGAUAUUUGUUCAAGCCGGACAAGACCGGUACUGAUAAGUUGAAGAGCUUGUUGCGAGGUCUCAAAGAUCUCAUGAAUGAGAUGUAUGAACCCUCAGACAAUCCGGAUCUCACUCCAAACCAGCUCGCACAUUUCUACCGCGAUCUUCACGGAAACUACGACCAGCUAUUCCUGGGCACACCGAGCGAGAGUAUUGCGUUCAUCUAUAAAAGCUUGGGAUGUCUGCACAGCUUGCAGCCCUUACACCACACGCACCAGACAGCUUUUACGGAUCCUACCGUGCCUGCCUUGAAGACAGAAGGAUGGAUCAUGUGGCAGACUAUCCAACUCUUGCUGGGUCCUGACGAGCAUUCGAGCUUCUUACGCGAAGCAGUACGGAAGUGGGACGUCAAGGACCACGACACUGGAGAAGUAUUCCCUAAAAUUCUUCCACGCGAGUGCUUUCCUAUCGAGCCUGAUAAGCACAUGGUUGCUUGGUACGAGGGCGUCUCAGAACGCUUGAGAAGGGAAGCGGAGGAAGAGGAGCGCAUGAAGCGCAUCGAGGUCGAGCAUGACGACGAUGCUCCUCCAAGGCAUGGGAAUGUCACUGAUGAAGAAGGGUCUGUCGAUUCUAGGGGACCUGCAUUGGCUUAUUUCCGCAAUCCCUUAUACAGACACGUAGAUGGCCGGCCAUCGAUAGUUCGGCGCAGCUCGAAGCGACCGGCGCUGAGCCCU